AUGGCCCCCAAAAGAACCCGCAAAGUCCCGCAGCAGCAAACCAGCAGCAGCAAACUCGACACUCCCUCCCCCCACGCCAAAGCCAGCAAGAUGAGCUCCCAAGAACGCGACCAGCAGCAGCAGCUGCUGCAGCAGCAGCAGCAAAUGCAGCAACUCCAGCAGCAGCAGCAGCAGCUGCAGCAGCUGCAGCAGCAGCAGCAGCAGGCUGACGCGGAAGCGAUGGAUACACCCCAAAAACCCCAACAGCAAGAACAAGCCACAAGAGAAACCACACCUGAGGAGAAGGAAGAAGACAGCCUUAUCUCUCAGCAGCAGCAGCAGCAGCAGCAGCAACUGCAGCAGCAACUGCAGCAACAGCAACAACAACAACAGCAGCUGCUUCAGCAGGCGUCGCAGGAGCAGCGACAGCAGCAGAGGCUGCAGGACGAGCAAGAGCAGCAGCUGCAGCGCCAGCAAGAGCAGCAGCAGCAGCACCAUAUGCAGCAAGAGCAGCAGCAGCGCCAGCAGCAGCAACAGCAGCAGCAGCAGCAGCAGCUGCAGCUGCGCUCUGCUGCACCUCAGAGGGUGUCUGUACACUGGAAGCAAGACGUGGUCGACAAGCUUCGGCUGCCUGGCCCCACGCUGACGCUGGCGCAGUUCCUGCAGGCUUUCGAAGACAGCAGCAGCGGCAGCAGCAGCAGCUUGUGCUGCUCUGUCUUUGAGCAGCUAAAAAGCGAAGGUGCUGCUGCUGCUGCUGACACAAUUGCAAUGCCAACUUUGCUGCAGCUGCUGCAGCAGCUGCACGAAGCAGAUAUUAAACUCAUCGUAGGCCUCACGCGGCAGCUCGUCAGCCACCUCAGAGGUAAGACAAGCCCCAGCAGCAGCAGCAGCAGCUGCUGCUGCUGCAGCAGCAGCAGCAGCAGCAGCUGCAGCAGCAGCAGCAGCAGAGCCAGACUGAACAGUAGCAGCGUAGCAGCAGGACACUCACUGAGACACCAACUCCAGCAGCAGCUGCAGCAGUCACAGCAGCAACAGCAGCAGCAGCAGCAGCAGCAGCAGCAGCAGCAGCAGCAAAUGCUGCAAAUGUAUUCAGUUGUUUUGCUGCAGACAUCGACAGCAACUUGA